GAAGACUUAAAGACGUAAUUGAUGUCCAAGUAAACGGAAUCUUUCUUAUCUACCUCUUCUUACAAAAGAAAAUAUUCAGGAAAGAACAAAUUUUUCUUAAGCAGAACAUAAACAUGAAUUCUUAUACUAGUUUUUCUCUUUUGAUUCUCUUCUCAUUCCUACUUUUUUUUUACUCCGAUUUUGCGGUUCUUACAGUUUCUUGUCCAACACACUGUGGAGGAAUCGAGAUCGUGUACCCCUUUGGAGUCGGAAAGGGUUGUUAUCUGGAGAAGUGGUACGAAGUUACAUGUAAUAAUACCUCUACUUCUGGAAAGCUCGUCCCUUUUCUUUCCGUAAUCAACAAGGAAGUUGUGAAUUUCUCUCCUCCGACUCAGCUCGAGGAUUAUUACGAGCCCUUUCCGCACGGGACAGUUAGCAUAAGAAACCCAAUAACUUCAAUGGGAUGCUCAAGCGACGAAGAAGAGCUUGGAUCACUUUUGAAUUUGACUGAUACCCCUUUCUACGUUAGCAGGAGAAAUACACUGAUAGGAGUUGGUUGCAAUAACACGGCAUCGUUGACAAAUGUCGAGCCAAGCAUAGUGGGAUGCAAAUCUAGUUGCGGCACACAUCCCCUUACGCCUGCUAGAGAUUAUCUUGCACUAGUCAGUUGUGAUGAGUAUGGCUUUGACCAGCGUUGUAAUGAAAGACGAGGCAUUAUGAAUGGAACAAGCUGCAAUGGUAUUAGAUGCUGCCAGGCAAACAUGGUCGACAGUAUUGAACAGAUUGUUGGUGUCAGAAUAGAAAGCACCAUAACGAGAGGGUGCAAAGUUGCCUUCUUGACAAACAAGGCAUCCUUUUUGUCUAGUAAAUCUGAUCCGCAAGAGCUUCAUGCUAGAGGAUACAGUACGGUUGAGCUAGGAUGGUUUAUCCAUACUACGAAUCAUUCAUUUGUAAAGUCUCUGGGAUGCUAUAGUACUGUAAUAGAGUACAUGAAUGUAUACGUCACCCCUAGAAGGAAUACAAGAAGUUGUGUAUGCGACAGUAAUACUUAUCUAAGCUAUGCAAGCUGCUCAUGCAUUAGUGGUUUCGAAGGCAACCCAUACCGUUUAGACGGAUGCAAAGAUAUUAAUGAAUGCCAAAAAAAAGAAGUUGAUGGAACUCACACUUACUGUAGUAGAGGCACUUGCGUCAAUUUGCAGGGAGACUAUCAUUGUGUGUACACAAAUCACACAAAUCAUCAUCGGCCCCUGGCUAUAGGCCUUGGUUCGAGUUUCGGCUCAUUGAUCUUUGUUGGUGGAAUAUACUGGUUAUACAAAAUUAUUAAAAAGCAAAGAAAUUUAAACCAAAAGAAGAAGUUUUUCAAGCGCAAUGGGGGUCUAUUGUUGCAACAACAAUUGACUUCAACAAAAGGCAUGGUCGAAAAGACAAAAGUGUUCAGUUCGCGAGAGUUGGAGAAAGCUACCGAAAACUUCAGCUCAAACAGAAUACUUGGUCAGGGUGGUCAAGAUACUGUGUACAAGGGAAUGCUUGUCGAUGGAAGAAUUGUUGCAGUAAAAAAGUCCAAAGUCGUGGAUGAAGACAAGCUAGAAGAGUUCAUCAAUGAGGUUGUCAUUCUUUCACAGAUCAACCACAGGAACAUCGUAAAACUCUUGGGAUGUUGCCUCGAGACAAAUGUUCCAGUUCUCGUCUACGAAUAUAUUCCUAAUGGUAACCUUUUCGAACAUCUUCAUGAUGAGUUUGAUGAUAACAUGAUGGCUACAUGGGAAAUGCGUCUCCGCAUUGCUAUUGAUAUUGCAGGAGCUCUCUCAUACUUGCACUCGUUUGCAACGUCUCCAAUCUAUCACAGAGACGUCAAGUCUACAAACAUAAUGUUGGAUGAGAAAUAUCGAGCCAAGGUAUCUGAUUUUGGAACGUCAAGAACGGUAACAGUGGAUCAUACCCACUUGACAACGGUAGUUUCAGGUACGGUGGGAUAUAUGGAUCCAGAGUACUUUCAGUCUAGCCAAUUCACAGACAAAAGUGAUGUCUACAGCUUCGGGGUUGUGCUAGUGGAUUUAAUAACUGGAGAAAAGUCGAUUUCUUUUUUGCGGUCUCAAGAAAACAGGACAUUGGCAACUUAUUUCAUUCUUGCAAUGAAAGAAAACAAACUCUUCGACAUUAUCGAUGCUCGAAUAAGAGAUGGUUGCAUGUUGAGUCAAGUGACUGCAACGGCGAAAGUUGCAAGGAAGUGUCUCAAUCUGAAAGGGAGGAAACGACCAAGCAUGAGAGAAGUAUCGAUGGAGCUUGAUAUAAUUCGUAUGUCUUCUGGAGAUAUGCAAAUGCAAGAGUAUGUAAGCGAAAACGAGGAAGAGGAAGAAAAAAACAAAGGAGUUGUGGAAGAUAUCAUAAGGGUAGAAUCAAGGAGCAAUGAGGUUGUUACUGCUCCAGCUUCUCAAUAUAAUAUAGCUGCUGCCUCAUCUUCUUCGUGGUCAGAUGUUGAACCAUUGUUUCCUCUUCAAACACGGUAAAACUUCAACUUUGAACAUUGUCUUUGCUUUUACGUUUGAGUUCUGUACUAGCCAAGUGUGUGUAAUAAUAACGACUCUCUUUGUAUCCAUUUCCCAACAAAAAAACACAUAAAAAUAAUUUGAUAUUUUGGUUA